AUGUUCCUUUUUUGGAAGAGUGAGAUUGCCAAGUAUAAGUGUUGUUGUUAUCAUCAGUACUAUACUCCAAAGAUGGUCUCUAGCAGGGUAGAAUGUACAGACUUUAAACAUAUUGUUCCUUUUUUGAAAAAAAAUACUUCUAAAAUAGGAAGAUUAAUGCUUUUCGAUAAAGAAUUCUUUAUCGAGAAAGAAUCCCGUUUUAUUAGGGGAAACGCAAAAAAUGCCUGGACAGAAAAGGUUAAAUGGCUCAAACGUGAGAAACACUUAGACACUAGAAGUAUAUUUCAUCUCAGAAAGUUUAAAUCUAUGUAG